ACCACAGACAACCAAUGCCAGGAUAGGAUGGACAUUGAGGCUGGGGUCGUAGCUUGGGAUUGCGAGGACGCCUUAAACCUCACGACCUCGGCAUUCAGUGACCUCGACCUCGGUUGCAACGACACCGUCUUGCCUGUCAACGACUCCCUCAACGACCCAGCCUUCUUCUCCCAUCGCUACCGUGCUGUAGGGACCUUCUUUCAGGGUAUAGUGUUCCUGGUAGGCAUGCUGGGUAAUCUGAUGGUCGUGGUGGUAGUUCUACGCACGCGCAGUCUCCACUCUCCCACCAACUGCUACCUCGUGUCCCUGGCUGUGGCAGACAUGGUCGUCCUCGUCGCCUCAGUCCCCAACGAGAUCCUCAGCUAUUACCUGGUCGGCAACCAAUGGGUCUGGGGAGACCUCGGGUGUUCACUCUUCGUCUUCUUCCAGAACCUCGGGAUCAACUCUUCUUCGUUGAGUUUGAUCGCGUUUACUUUUGAAAGGUACAUAGCGAUAUGCCACCCCAUGAAGGCACAGAAGAUCUGCACACAACGACGCGCCCGGAAGAUCAUCGCUACAGUGUGGGCCGUAGCUGUGGUCUACUGCGCUCCAUGGCUAGUCCUCACCACCACCAAGCCUCUGCAGUACCGAGGCUUCCCUGAAGCAAGGUUCUGCGACUUCAAGCGGCCCAGGGACGAGUACCUCCUCUACUACUUCACAGACCUUGUCGUGUUCUAUGUCGUGCCUCUGGUCAUCUCUUGUGUUCUCUACGGCCUCAUCGCACGGACUCUGUUCAACCGGAAGGUUAUCCGUGCAGCCAUUAAACCGCCCGCCAUCGUAGCUACGGAGUGUCCCUCUUCCUCUAAAAGUCAAGUGGUGAAGAUGUUGGCCAUGGUUGUUGCUGUAUUUGCCACCCUGUGGCUUCCAUACCGAGGACUUCUAGUGUACAACUCUUUCGCCAUAUUGUUCAACAAGCCUAAAUAUAUGGAUCUUUGGUUCCUCAUGUUUGCAAAAACAUGUGUGUUCAUUAAUAGUGCCAUCAACCCUAUCCUGUACAACGCGAUGUCUACAAGGUUUAGACGAGCAUUCCAACGUUUCCUGUUGUGCGGAGAGCCUCGGGUGUCCACGACCGAGGCUACGUCGUCGCUCAAGCCUCUCUCCCGGGGAGUCACCACCUCCAGACCCCGCGGGACCAAGAGUAGCUUCAACACGACGAUGACGUCCAUGUGACAGGAGCAGGAGCGGUGGUGAGGAGGGAACUCUGUCGAGAAGACGCCGUAGUUGUUCAAAAACCGGGAGAACCGAUGGGGGAGAAAAUUGCAAAAUUGACCGGGAGUUCUACGGUCUGGAUAGU